GUGACUGAUGGAAUGGGCGUACGGGUCCCCGCCGAGACCGAGUGCAGUCCUGAGACUCGUGCUCGUCGCUGCUCGUCGACCUGCGGACGUCCAUCGUCCUGGCACGGCUGCAUCGCUCGUUCGCGCAGCCAGCUCACCCAUUCCGUGCCCGGACGUCGUCGUGACUUAUCGCGCCGGCUGAGGAACGUCGAUUGGCAUCCCAUCAAACACACCCUGACUAACAAAGUCCGCCGAAAGAACAGCUAUUUCGUUCCUGGCCAGAUAAUAAUCACUCUUUUCGGGAAUAUUGCACGCGAGAGAACUCUAUUAGGGGAAAUACUCGUUAAAACGAGGGCACUGAACACCUUUCGCGCUUCCCUCUUCCCCUCAUCCCGCCUACCGUCCCCCGCCUCUGCACAACCUCUCCCCACCAUGCCGGACUCGCCUUCGCGUGAGGACCCCGCCGAGGACAAGAAGGACGAGCUCGAGGACAAUGGCGGCGAGCCAGAGACUGCUGAAGUCGAAGCAUCGGCCGAGUCUGCACAACCCGCCAAGCGUGGACGAGGGCGUCCACGAGGUUCGAAGAACAAGAAGACUAUUGCUGCAGAGGCUGCCCGGGCUGCAGGCAGCUCAACAGCAGGCGGGUCGUCUGAUCCUCCAGUGAAGCGACCAAGGGGCCGUCCGCGCAAGAGACCUGCGGAGGACGAGGCACCAUCGGAGCCGAAACCGAAGCGUAAACGAGGCAGACCACCCAAGAACAAGCCCGCUGAGGCUCCAGCAGAAGCAGAGGGUGAUGAGGGUGAGCCGGAGGCCGCGGCGCCGAGCGAACCGCCCAAGAAGAAGAGGGGACGACCGCCCAAGAAUGCCAGCUCCUGAGUAGCUGAGUUACAGCCCGACCACGCCUCGCACGACCUGUCCGCGGACAGAGAUAUCCCCUCGACGACGACUAUCCUACCCAUCGAGCGAUCGCCUCACGACACGCCACGCUACGACCUAUCCCCCGCUCCGUAUUCUCCACCCUUGAUGCUAUUUCUUAUUGGCCUGUUAUGCUACGGUCACCUUCGCUACUGUUUUCGGUUUUCCUCUUGUCGGCUAUGUUGAAGAACGAUAAAUUCCCGUGUAUCCGGAUCUCAGAGAAUGCAUACCCGCCUGCCCACACCGGCUCGGGCAGUUGCAAUCAACAACGCUUCCCAUGGA